UUGUCUAACAAAAAUGAUAUCGCGAAGUACGCUUGUUUACACUUCUGUGUUGUUCUUAAUCAGUGCAGUUGCAGCAGACUCAAUCCCAUCCUACAUUCAUCUAUGUCAAAGAAAUGGUCCGGAUAUAGAAAAAUGUCUGUUCGAUAAUUUCGAAAUAUUGAGAUCACAUUUGGGCAAAGGAAUUCCAGAAAUGAAAAUUCCUGCACUCGAUCCUCUGUUCUUAGCAGAAACCACCUUAGAACAAAGUAACUUCCGUGCGUCGUUCCUUAACGCUUCCGUUUAUAAUGCUACACAGUAUAAAGUUAAAGCAGUUAACUUUGAUUUCGAGAAGCCAACUUUGACAUUCGUCAUUAAUUUCCCAGUAUUAAACAUCUUGGCAGAUUACACGAUUGGUGGGAGAAUUCUUAUUUUGGAAUUGAGAGGCGAAGGAACUGCCACUGCUGAUAUUACCGAUUUAACAGCGACUGCUCAGAUGAACGGAUUCAGAAAAGUAAAGAACAACAAGAAUUAUUUUAUUUUCGAUAAUAAUACCAUCGACUUAGACAUUGGUAAUAUACGUUUCAACUUCAAUAACCUGUUUGGUAAAAACGAACAAUUGACGAAAACGACGAAUCAAAUUAUCAACGACAACUCGAAAGACUUUUUACAAGAACUGCUGCCUCUGGUGAAGGAAGUCGUUGCCUCUUUCGUAUUCCCAUUUGCCUCGCAUGUAUUCAAAACAUUCUCUCUGGAAGAACUCUUUCCCGAGAACUAAUUUAUAGAUCAAAUCCAUCAUAAAAGUUUUAUUCUAAGAUUACAUUUAAUUAUACCAAUACAAUUUUACUAAUAUUCAUAAAAAUCACGAGAAUCUACACGUCAUGCAGAUGUGCAUAUAUUAUGUUGUAAAUUAGUUUUCACUUUUGAUUUAUCGAAUAAUAAAAUGUAAAGGUCGAACAACAAAUAAGUCGAGGUCAAAUAAAUUAUUUAAAUUCUAAAA